CGCAUCCCCCGCUGGCAGCAGCUCCCGGCAAAGUGACAGGGGUCUUCUGACUAGUCUCCCUGCAUAUGCUGUCAGGCACCUGCUGUCGAUUCUCAACAAAGAAGCCUGGGGGCUGUUCCCAGUGUUUGACCAAGCAGACGUUAGUUGCCCCUGGUCCAGAGCUGCCUGGUCUUGAAUAUCACCAUGGCCAAACCUUAUGAAUUUAACUGGCAAAAGGAAGUCCCUUCUUUUUUGCAAGAAGGAGCAGUUUUUGACAGAUAUGAAGAGGAAUCCUUUGUGUUUGAACCCAACUGCCUCUUCAAAGUCGACGAAUUUGGCUUCUUUCUGACAUGGAAAAGUGAAGGCAAGGAAGGACAAGUUCUGGAAUGCUCCCUCAUCAACAGUAUUCGGCUGGGAGCUGUACCAAAGGAUCCCAAAAUUCUUGCUGCCCUUGAAGCUGUAGGAAAAUCUGAAAAUGAUCUGGAAGGACGGAUAGUUUGUGUCUGCAGUGGAACAGAUCUGGUGAACAUUGGUUUCACAUACAUGGUGGCUGAAAAUGCAGAAGUAACGAAGCAAUGGAUAGAAGGGCUGAGAUCAAUCAUACACAACUUCAGGGCAAACAACGUCAGUCCAAUGACAUGCCUCAAGAAACACUGGAUGAAACUAGCAUUUCUGACCAACACAACUGGUAAAAUUCCAGUGAGGAGUAUUACCAGAACCUUUGCAUCGGGGAAAACAGAAAAGGUGAUCUUUCAAGCUCUCAAGGAAUUAGGUCUUCCCAGUGGAAAGAACGAUGAAAUUGAGCCCGCUGCGUUCACCUAUGAGAAGUUCUAUGAACUCACACAGAAGAUAUGUCCUCGGACAGACAUAGAAGAUCUUUUCAAAAAAAUCAAUGGAGACAAAACUGAUUAUUUAACGGUAGACCAAUUAGUGAGCUUUCUAAAUGAACAUCAGCGAGACCCACGGCUGAAUGAAAUUUUAUUCCCAUUUUAUGAUGCUAAAAGGGCAAUGCAGAUCAUUGAGAUGUAUGAGCCUGAUGAAGAUUUGAAGAAAAAAGGACUCAUAUCAAGUGAUGGGUUUUGCAGAUACCUGAUGUCAGAUGAAAAUGCCCCAGUCUUCCUAGAUCGCUUAGAACUUUACCAGGAAAUGGACCACCCUUUGGCUCACUAUUUCAUCAGUUCUUCCCACAAUACCUAUCUCACAGGCCGGCAGUUCGGGGGGAAAUCUUCGGUAGAAAUGUACAGACAAGUUCUUCUGUCUGGUUGCAGGUGUGUUGAACUUGACUGUUGGGAUGGGAAAGGUGAAGACCAAGAACCAAUAAUAACUCAUGGGAAAGCGAUGUGUACAGAUAUCCUGUUUAAGGAUGUAAUUCAGGCCAUCAAGGAAACUGCAUUUGUCACAUCUGAAUAUCCUGUGAUUCUCUCCUUUGAAAACCAUUGCAGCAAAUAUCAACAGUACAAGAUGUCCAAAUAUUGUGAAGAUCUAUUUGGGGACCUCCUGUUGAAACAAGCACUUGAAUCACAUCCACUUGAACCAGGCAGGCCCUUGCCUUCCCCCAAUGAUCUCAAAAGAAAAAUACUCAUCAAAAAUAAAAGGCUAAAACCUGAAGUUGAAAAAAAACAACUCGAAGCUUUGAAAAGUAUGAUGGAAGCUGGAGAAUCUGCUGCCCCUGCUAGCAUCCUAGAGGAUGACAAUGAAGAGGAAAUAGAAAGCGCUGACCAAGAGGAGGAAGCUCAUCCCGAAUACAAAUUUGGAAAUGAACUUUCUGCUGAUGACUAUGGUCAUAAGGAAACUGUUGUAAACAGUGUCAAGAAGACACCAGAUGACCCUGAACAUGAAAACAGCAAAAAGGGUCUGGUUACAGUAGAAGAUGAGCAGGCAUGGAUGGCAUCUUAUAAAUACGUAGGUGCUACCACAAACAUUCAUCCAUACUUGUCUACAAUGAUCAACUACGCACAACCUGUGAAGUUCCAAGGUUUCCAUGUUGCUGAAGAACGCAAUAUUCAUUAUAACAUGUCUUCUUUUAACGAAUCUGUUGGUCUUGGCUACUUGAAGACACAUGCGAUUGAAUUUGUAAAUUACAAUAAACGGCAAAUGAGCCGCAUUUAUCCCAAGGGAGGCCGAGUGGAUUCUAGUAAUUACAUGCCUCAGAUUUUCUGGAACGCUGGCUGCCAGAUGGUUUCACUGAACUACCAAACCCCAGAUUUAGCGAUGCAAUUGAAUCAGGGAAAAUUUGAGUAUAAUGGAUCGUGCGGGUACCUUCUCAAACCAGAUUUCAUGAGGCGGCCUGAUCGGACAUUUGAUCCCUUCUCUGAAACCCCUGUUGAUGGGGUGAUUGCAGCCACUUGCUCAGUGCAGGUUAUAUCAGGGCAGUUCUUAUCAGAUAAGAAGAUUGGGACGUAUGUGGAGGUAGAUAUGUAUGGGUUGCCCACCGACACCAUUCGGAAGGAAUUCCGAACCCGCAUGGUUAUGAACAAUGGACUCAACCCAGUUUACAAUGAAGAAUCAUUUGUAUUCCGGAAGGUGAUCCUGCCAGAUUUGGCUGUCUUGAGAAUAGCAGUAUAUGACGACAACAACAAGCUGAUUGGCCAGAGGAUCCUGCCCCUGGAUGGCCUCCAAGCGGGAUACAGACACAUUUCCCUGAGAAAUGAAGGAAACAAACCGUUAUCACUGCCAACAAUUUUCUGCAAUAUUGUUCUUAAAACAUAUGUGCCUGAUGGAUUUGGAGAUAUUGUGGAUGCUUUAUCAGAUCCCAAGAAAUUUCUUUCAAUCACAGAAAAGAGAGCAGACCAAAUGAGAGCUAUGGGCAUUGAAACUAGUGACAUAGCUGAUGUGCCCAGCGACACUUCUAAAAAUGACAAGAAAGGCAAAGCCAACCCGGCCAAAGCAAAUGUGACCCCUCAGAGUAGCUCCGAGCUCAGACCGACCACCGCAGCUGCCCUGGGCUCUAGCCAAGAAACCAGGAAAGGUAUUGAACUUAUCCCUCAAGUGAGGAUAGAAGAUUUAAAGCAAAUGAAGGCUUACUUGAAGCACUUAAAAAAGCAGCAGAAAGAGUUAAAUUCUUUGAAGAAGAAACACGCAAAGGAGCACAGCACCAUGCAGAAGCUACACUGCACACAAGUUGACAAGAUCGUGGCGCAGUAUGACAAGGAGAAGUCAACUCAUGAGAAAACACUUGAGAAGGCAAUGAAGAAGAAGGGGGGAAGUAAUUGCCUGGAGAUGAAAAAGGAAACAGAAAUUAAAAUUCAAACAUUGACAUCAGAUCACAAAUCUAAGGUCAAAGAGAUUGUGGCACAGCACACGAAGGAGUGGUCAGAAAUGAUUAACACCCACAGUGCUGAGGAGCAGGAGAUCCGGGACCUGCACCUCAGUCAGCAGUGUGAGCUGCUGAGAAAGCUGCUCAUCAACGCUCACGAGCAGCAAACCCAGCAGCUGAAGCUCUCUCACGACAGGGAAAGCAAGGAGAUGCGAGCCCACCAGGCUAAGAUUUCUAUGGAAAACAGCAAAGCCAUCAGUCAAGAUAAGUCUAUCAAGAAUAAAGCAGAACGAGAAAGGCGAGUCAGGGAGUUAAACAGCAGCAACACUAAAAAGUUUCUAGAAGAAAGAAAGAGGCUUGCAAUGAAGCAGUCCAAAGAAAUGGAUCAGUUAAAAAAAGUCCAGCUUGAGCACCUCGAAUUCCUAGAGAAACAGAACGAGCAGCUUUUGAAAUCCUGUCAUGCAGUAUCCCAAACACAAGGCGAAGGAGAUGCAGCAGAUGGUGAAGUUGGAAGCCGAGAUGGACCGCAGACCAACAACAGUGGUGUGAAGCUCCAGAAUGCAAACUGAAGCAGGCAACUCACGGAAUGUCAUUAUAUCACCCUGACUUCUGACAGAGACUCCCUGGGCUGAAGCUGUUUCCUUUAGCAUUUCUCUUCUGUGUAGACAAGAUGCUACCUGAAACCAGGGACUUGGGAUGACCUAAGGUUCUUCUGCUUAACAAUUUGAGUAUUGAGUAUUGAACAUCCAUUGGCCAGCAAAAAGUAGCUAUGAAUCCACAAAAAUCUCUUAUUCCACAGAGACAGAGUUGAACCACUGGUAACACAACUUAAACAUGUUUGCUAUGAUAUAUCAUCACAAGUUAAUGAGCUUGGUGUCAACACCUCUGCUUUGUGAUGCCUUAGAACAUGUUUGAGCUGCAUCAAAAAUAGUGCAUUGUCAUUCAAUAGCAAGCGCAUGCACUAGAAGACAAACAGAAGCUCCGUCUACAAAUUCCUUAGCAGAAGUGGUGGUCUGCUAGACAAAUAAUUUUGCAGAAGUUUUCUACACCUAAGUUACCUCAUCAGUAAGUGCCAUGUCUUUACCAUGCCAUCAGAAGCUAUUUUCUGUAAAAACUUGUGGAAUUUUAUUAGAACAGUAGGGAAAUCAAAGAGUGUACCUACCUGUGCCAAAACUCAUCAGUGCUCAAAGCAGGGGACUCAUUAGGCUCGUUUCAGAAAGUUUACAUCUAACACCGCUUUAUAGGAAUCGCUUCUGCAAACUCCAGAUAUUACAGUUCACUGUUACACUGUAAAGAUUGUGAAGUGGUUAUUGGCAAAUGUUUGUAAAUGUGACCAUGUACAAAGUAUUUAUACUCCUUAAUUCACACUGUUGUAGUGCAAAAUCAUCUAAGCUUCGCCACAUGACAAGAUUAGAAAACAGGGAUACUAGAACUACGUUUUGCAUGAUACACAAGCACCGAUUAUGACUAACCUGUUCAGACAGUUACUUAACCUCAUACCAAAUAAAUACCAGUUAAGUAAAUAUAUGGCACAGAAUAUAAUUUGACUAUCAAGACUUUUAGCAUAAAGAAAAAGUCUAUAUAUAUGUGUAUAUGAAUUAUGUGGGCAUUCUUGAUACUUCUAGUUCUAGUUUGAAAAAAAUACAUAACUAAUUUAAUUUUACACAAAAAUAUUUAUGCAGAUUUUCAGACUUUCAUAUCAGGAAAUAACCUUUUUAUGUCUGUUAAAUAUCCAAACGAUUUGCUACCAUGAUAACCUGCAUGGUCUUUAAGCCUGCUGUAGUUGCGUUGCAGACAACGCAUGAAGUGCAGCGCUGAGAUUCCUUCCUACCACUGAAACUGGGAGGAGCACGUGGAGAGCGGGUGCCUGGAGUGAAUCAGAUUCCUGAUUUUAGGACACAAAAUGCCAACUGAUUUGUUGUAUAUGCUUGUACAAAUUGAAUCUGUGUGUUCCUCAGAACAAGCAGAGAAAAUGAAGAUAUAAUUCAGACUGAAAUUUAACUUCCAACUUCUCUAAUAAAAAGUGAAAACACACAA